CGACCACAAAUGCUUCAACCACAAGCCAAAUCUAAUUGUUUCUGCAAUACAUAGAAUCUCCGAUGCGGAAUUAUACCACUACCUAAAUAAUCGUUUUAUCAACUUCCUGGACCAGUAGCUCUACAUCUAUCAAGACAAGUCGACGAGGAAGUCCAGCCUUGACGCGCGACGAGGAGCUCGUCCCGUGGCAAAUGUCGAACCUUCCACCGAACUACGAGCUAGCAGAUGAACUGCCAGCAGUAUUUAUCGGACCAGAUGGUACAAUCGAAUACCCCUCCCUUAUCCCGCCUCAUGUCGAAUUCCCCCGCACCACACCACGGGGCACACACAUACAGCGGCCGGCCAAGGGAAAGGCGCCCGCUGGAGAGGGACGUGGGGUGAACGAGCCUUUUCCGGAUCAACGGCUCUGUGAUGCCUCGGCGCACGACACAUCAUUACCACAUAGACCGUUGAACCAGGAGGCGGGCGGGGUUGGCGAAACUGGCUCUGAAGCCCUAGGGAAUGCACCGGGGGCUGUACCGCCACCUUCGACUUAUCUAAAUCACCGCCCUUCCCCGGUGACAGGAUGGCGGACAGAGCAACCGGAACCGCCGAGGACAUAUAGGGCGUCGCAUGGCCGUCGGGCAACCGAGGGUUCUGGGCCCACUGGCCUGGUUUUGACGCCUGCAGCUAAUGGGGUUAACGCGGCUGAUUCAGCUGAUACGAGUGAUACAUCGAGCUCACCAUCAUCAUCCGAAGAAUCCUCGUCAGAAGACGAAGAACCUCAGGGAGUGCUUAUGAAAGCGCAGAGUUGGGUUGGGCGAGGACGCAAUGAAGCAGAUAGCGAUCCCAAGUCGCCAAGGAGGUCAUCUACAAGCGCUAAAGCUCGAAGCCGCUACAGGAAAUUCAACCUUGGGAACGAUAAAUACAAAUCGUCAGGAAAGGUAUCGAAAAAUGACGGGCGACUGAAAAUUAGUGUGAGCGACACUAGCAAUACAGGGUAUCUGGCGAAGGCACUGGGGGCAACGUUUCGAAGACGCGUAGGACUUGAACCUGAGCCAGGCCGGCCCAGCUCCAGUGGUACGGAAUUAAGUUCAAGACACAAACCAUUAGCGACAUGUUCGGAUUGGAGCUAUCUUAAGCAGCAGAAGAAGCUCUCACUGAAUGUUGUGAUUAUGGUGAUUGGUAGCAGGGGAGACAUCCAGCCGUUCCUCAAGCUCGGAAAGGUGCUCAAAGAGAAUCACGGACAUCGCGUCCGAAUCGCAACACAUCCAGCAUUCCGAGAUUUCGUGGAGCAAGACACCGACCUGGAGUUUUUCUCAGUCGGCGGCGACCCAGCAGAGCUUAUGGCCUUCAUGGUCAAAAAUCCUGGCAUGAUCCCCACUAUGGACACUCUCAAGAAGGGAGAGGUGGGAAGAAGACGAAGUGCAAUGGCAGAGAUGUUCGAAGGUUUCUGGCGCGCUUGUAUCAAUGCUACCGACGACGAGCAUGAUGUUCGCAACCUGAAAAUGAUGGGCACAAAAGGGCCAUUUAUUGCCGAUGCCAUCAUUGCAAACCCCCCAUCAUUUGCGCAUAUUCAUUGUGCAGAGCGUCUUGGUAUCCCUCUACAUCUCAUGUUUACCUUCCCAUAUACGCCAACCCUUGAUUUUCCUCAUCCGCUUGCGAAUAUCAAGAAAACAAACGUUGACCCAGGGUAUACAAACUUUAUGAGUUAUCCACUGGUGGAGAUGAUGACUUGGCAAGGUCUGGGUGACUUAGUGAAUGACUUUAGGGUUAAGACUCUUGGCCUCGAGCCUGUUUCAACACUUUGGGCACCAGGCCAGCUCUAUCGACUAAGGGUUCCAUACACCUACCUGUGGUCGCCAAGCCUGGUCCCCAAGCCAAAAGAUUGGGGCCCGGAAAUUGAUAUUGCUGGUUUCGUAUUUCUCGAUCUCGCGUCCUCCUUCGAACCGCCAGAAGAGCUAACGAAAUUCUUGGACGAUGGGGAACCACCAAUAUAUAUCGGCUUCGGUUCAAUCGUGGUGGAUGACCCCAACAGGUUUACCCAAAUGAUCUACGAAGCGGUAGAAAUUGCUGGUGUUCGAGCUUUGGUAUCCAAAGGAUGGGGCGGAUUCGGUGGCGACGAUUCCCCAGAGAAUGUCUUCUUGCUGGAUAACACGCCUCACGACUGGUUAUUUCCUAAGCUUAAAGCGAUUGUUCAUCACGGCGGAGCUGGAACGACAGCCAUAGGCCUUAAAUGCGGUAAACCGACCCUCGUUGUCCCUUUCUUUGGCGACCAGUUUUUCUGGGGGAACAUGAUUGGGAAGGCAGGCGCAGGAGCCGAGCCGAUUCCAUACAAGGAACUCACAGCUGAGAAACUAGCUGAAGGGAUCAAAACACUACUGGAGGGCAAGACACAGGAGAAAGCCGAAGAAAUCGCUAAGAGUAUCGAAAAUGAAGGUGAUGGCGCCGAAAACGCGAUCAAGACGUUCCAGCGUGGGCUGGCUAUUCGGAACGAGCAGUCCAUGCGAUGCUCCAUCCUCGACGAGCGAUUAGCUGUUUGGACGCUCAAAAAGACGAACCUUAGAUUGAGUGCUUUGGCAGCAGACUUUCUUGUGGCUUCGAAAAAAAUCAAGUGGAAGCAACUCAGACUUUUGAGGCAUGUCGAAUGGAACGAUUUUGAAGGGCCUGGGGAGCCUGUAACGGGAAUCGCCUCUACUAUUGCUAAGAAUUUUACUUCUGCCGCUACAGGAGUAGCAUCUAUCCCAUUUAAACUUGCUCAAAGCGCAAAUAAACGCAAGCACCAUGAGGAGAAGCGCGAAAGAAAAGAGCGUAGGGCUAUAGCUAAGGAAAAGCGAAGGCAAAUGCGUAGUGCGUCUGUUCAGACUGACUCAGCUUUUGCUCCUGGACAUUUAAACAAUAGAGCUGGGCAGCCACAAAGUCAACAAGGCGAACCCCUUGAAGCUGCUGUUGCAAGGCGAGAUCUCCUUCCUUUUAACCAGGUCCCGAAUGUGGUAGCAUCCACCCAGAGUGACAGGGCAGCAGAGCAGAUUCAAGGAGGACGCCCUGAGGGGUCUCAGGCUGGAAGAGAUCAAUCUGUCACAGACAAUGACUCUGUCCUAACUGCAGAAAACCCUCAUGGAUGUGCUGAUGAGAUUGCUGGGGAUAUUACGGGCGGAUUGAGAAAGAGUGGCAGGGCAAUAAUAAAGACACCCAUCGAUCUAUCGACGGCGGUAGCCCAGGGGUUCCACAACGCCCCCCGCCUUUAUGGUGAUGAGACUGUUCGCCGCCCUACGCGAAUCACAGGCAUACAGUCUGGUCUCAAAGCCGGAGGCAAGGAAUUCAUCUUCGGCAUCUAUGACGGCUGGACCGGCCUGGUACUCCAACCGUACGACGGAGCCGUCCGCGAUGGGCCCGUGGGCUUCAUAAAAGGCACCGGGAUGGGCCUCAUGGGCUUCGUCCUCAAGACCCUCUCAGCGGUCAUUGGGCCAUUCGCGUACACGGCCAAGGGUGCGCAGAAGGAACUCCACAAAGGCCAGCAGCCAACGCAGUUUCUCCGCCGCGCGAGGAUCAUCCAGGGGCAGCGAGAUCUCGUUGCAUUGAGCGACGAGAAGCGGGCUGUGGAAUCGAAGAGGGUGGCGCACGGGUGGGCGGUGAUGGAGGAGCUGUGGCACGAGAUGGCGGAGGAACGGCGGGGCGGGUUGUUUGGCCAUAUCAAGGCAGUGCGGGAGCGCAAGACGUGGCGCAUGGAGGUGCGGUUUGACAACAUAUUUAUGGCGGAGAAGGCACUCGAGGCGCUGCACCGCGGAGAUGGAGAGUGUCUGGAGACGAUUUUCGAGCAGCAGAGGAGGCAAAUGGAGGAGGAGCGCAUGUUUACGAGGACGGCGGCGAGAAGAGAUAGGGAUGUCAGGCGUGACAGAGCAACGAGAGCAAGGAGGGUGACUGAGUUCUUGGCGAGGGAGGAGGAGCAGCGUAAAGCGGAAGGGUUGGGCGGCGUGGGCCCGGUUAUUGAGCGGCCAAGGGGGCAUAGUGAUGGUGAUGCGGAAACUUCACAGAACCUGAGGGGUACGGUGGAGAGAGUGAAUAUCGGAGAAGUUUAGUGCUAUGGAGGGAUGGGUUUGUACUUUGGCGAAGGUCUUGAGAAUGGCUGGUUGACCCGGGCAUACAGGCGGGCUGAACAUAUACCCCCUUUAUUUAUAGACAUCUAUAGCACAUACAGUAUAUAUAAUAUGUAUAAUGGAGAUAACAGUAAUCAACUGUG